AUGGUGUUGCCGCAUCUGUUGUCAAACCAGAGGCCCUCUACUAUGCGAAGAAAAGACAAAGAACCUGCUGAUGGAAGUGAAGCAUCUGAUAUGGCUGCAGAUCACAACGUUGCCAUAAGUGGGUUAGCUGAGUUGGUUAAAAUCCUCACUGCCAAAAUGGAAGGCAUCGAUGAUAGUGUAGCUGACAAGGGUACUAAAGCAUUAGAGGCUACUAUUGACUCUAAGGUGGAAGCAAGAGUGCGAGCAUAUGAGUCUGACUUACAGAAUCAGAUUGCGAAAUUGGAGGCACAAAUAAAUGAUAGUAAAAACAACGCUGAUGUGAACAUUGCUCCUGAUGUCCCCACCUCCAAAGCGUAUGAGGAUGAGGAAGAUGGUGCUUGUAGCAAUGACUUGUCAUGGAUUGUUCAGAAGAAGAUCAAUUCACAAGAUGGACUGCCAGUUGAUUGUGUUGUGAAGAAGGAGAAAAAAGAUAAGAAGACGAUGGAUAGCACACAGAAUCUUACGACUGAAGUGGUGAUAAAGACUGAGAAGAAAGUUGGAAUUCCACUAAGAAGAGUUAAGCAAGAGAAGGCCUUCGAGAUCCCACAGCUAAAUGAUGAAUCCAUAUCGUCAAAAGAUUUGGAAAAUCAUCUACAGUGGGAGAAGAGUGUAAACUGUAGAGCGGUGUUGGAAGCACUUGCUUCAAAUUUGAAGAAGCCUACACGCAGACGCAAGCCUCAAUUGACAAAGACUCAAGAUUGGCCGUUUGUUGGAAAUUCAACAGUGAAGCGUAUUAUAAGUGGUGAGAAAGUCUCCAAGGAACCUUAUGACCCAUUAGCUAAGGUGGAGGCAGAGAAACUGCAGAAAGUUUUGGACUUCAUCAACUCUGAUUUGGAAGCAAAGGAGGCUGGUGUUGGAGAUGAAAGUGCUGGAUUUUUCUUGAAGUUAUUGAUACCUAGGGAUGAUUGGCCAACAAAAGACUACGGGUGGUUAAAUGACUCACACAUUGCAGCAGCAAUGCUUAUGUUUCACAGAUGGUCCAGGCAAGAACAGUCUCCGUAUUCCUCUUCUCGAAUUGCAUUUCUGUCUCACUGGUUUGUGAACUCAUGGGUGAACGACUACAAGAGCUGGGACCAGAACACUGAGUUGUCAGAAAUGUACAUCAAGGCUUUUAAUGGAGAACACCCAGCUGAUUUUGUCACAGGUAAUAAGUGGAUUGCAGACGUCGACGAUCUUUUCCUCUGCCACCAUGUUAACGGAGAUCAUUGGGUUGCUCUACGCAUCGAGCUGCAUAAGGGGAAAAUUCACGUCUAUGAUAGUAUUUGCACACAUGUGAGUGAUAAGGAGAUGAAAGAGGCAUGCCGGCCUUUCAUGAGAAUGAUACCAGCAUUGCUUAACAAGAUGGUGCCUGCUAAAAUGAGAACGAAAAGUGGAAAGCUGUUCGCUUAUAUUAGGCACAAGAAGAUCCCCUAA